UGUGCUAAAAUUAGUGAAACACUAUCUUAUAUGUGAAUCCCUCCCUGGGUGAGUCUGUGCGAUGUCUCUGGACUCGGGAUCCAGGAGGAAAACCGCAGCUGUGACUCACCAAGGAAAAAUAGUUACUUUCGCUUUCCAAGCGUCACUGGAGGGUGAUGAACUGAUAAAAACUUUGCGGGAUUAACAAGAGAAACUCCGCUCAGGCAUGGAGGGACCUUCCACCCGUGUGUAAAUCUGACAUUUGUUGAUGUUUUUGGUUUCUGACUUAGGCCUAAUACUGUAAACAUCUUGUCGCUCAUUAGUGGUUUGACUUUGCUCAACUGGCUUCUGGGGCCUAAACUGGGAGCCUACGCAUUUGGAGCAGCUGUGAUCUCGCUGGCCGGUUUUUAUUACACACCAACCACUGAUGGACCCGUUAGGUUUCCUGAAAGCUAAGAAGCUGCUGCAGUUUCUCCGCCAACGCAAAAAUCAAAUAUCCCGCAUGGAGAACCCGCAAACCUUCCUCCGCCUGCUCAGGGAUUACGACCUGCUCCCAGAAGGCGGCUACAAGGAAGAGGAGAGGCCAGUGACGAAGAGAAAGAAGACUGUGUGCAGUGAUGAGGAGGAACAGCCUGGUCCAUCAUCUCAGCUGAAUCCAGGUCAGAGGAAAAAGCCCAAGAACAUAACCAUCUCUUCUCCCUUGAAGAAAGGAGAGAGAUCCCAGCUGCCUGUGACCUGUGGAGACAAGAAGGGGACGCUGUACAGAGACAGAAUGGCCAAAGGUCAGGGAGACAAAAAGAAUCGGGAAAACGACGAUGAGUGUUACAUCUGUAAAUGUGGUGAAGAAGCAGCAGAGCUGGUGCUGUGUGAUCACUGCCCUCGCUCCUUCCACCAGAAGUGUCACCUGCCGCACGUGGACGAUGCAGAUUUGAG